UUUAGCUGGGGGGGUCAGUGGUGCGCGGGGCUCGAGGGGGGGAGGGGACAGCGCGGGGCGGGCGGGACGUGGGGCCUGAGGCGGCGGCGAGAUGGAGAAACUGCGCCGGGUGCUGAGCGGGCACGAGGACGAGGAGCAGGGGCUGACCACGCAGGUCCUUGAUUCCUCAACGCUUAGUUUCGGUACUCGAGUGAAAUGGUUUGCCAUAUGUUUUGCAACUGGUAUUUUCUGUUCUAUUCUUGGGACAGCAUUUCUGUGGCUUCCCUCGGGGCUGAAACUUUUUGCAGUGUUCUACACCAUAGGAAAUAUUGCUGCAUUAGCCAGUACGUGUUUCUUGAUGGGGCCUGUGAAGCAGCUGAAAAAAAUGUUUGAGCCAACAAGAUUAAUUGCUACAAUUGUUAUGCUGUUGUGUUUGAUAUUCACUCUGUGUGCUGUAUUCUGGUGGGGUAAGAAAGGUUUGGCCCUGCUGUUCUGCAUACUCCAGUUCUUAGCAAUGACCUGGUAUAGUCUCUCAUAUGUUCCUUUUGCAAGGGAUGCUGUGAUUAAAUGCUUCACGUCCUGCCUGAGUUAGACCAAACAAAACAAACUAUUCAACAUCUUUUAAAAGCCAACUUUAUAUUUUUGUGAAGUUUGCUCAGAAAAAUUAUGAACUUCCACUCCUGAAACGACACCUGGUGACAGUUUUAGUAUUUUCCUUGCCUUUUGCACGCUGGGGAUUAAAUCAUUUUAGCAGAACCAAGUUUAAAUAUGAGCCAGGUAAACAGUGUUUUAUCCCUGUCUGAACCAUUUGGAAACUAGAAUAGGUUUAACACUUUAUGCAAUGUAAUCUUAAAACUGUUUGACUCAGUUUCUGUUAACACAGUUUAAUGACAAUUCAGGAUUCUGGGUAAUAUGAGACAAAACUUUAUAUGAAACUUUUACAUAUUUCUUGUGUUAUUACUAUUUGUUCACUCUAUGCGUUUCCCAAAGAUCAGGAUUUUGUCAUUAUUAUAGAGAAUUUUUUUAGUUAAUUAUAGCUGAUAGGGCUGCUUUUAAAUGUUUGUACAUGUGUAGUAUGGAGAAAGUUUGGUGUGAACAUGAGAGGUCUGGUAAAAGCUUGCUCAGUUUUGUUAUGCUUACAUUUUAAGGACCAAUUUUUUCAUUUUGAAACUUAAAAAAUAUAUUUGAUUAAAAUGGCUUAUGGAUAAUAUAUAAAUCAAUGAUUACAAAAUAAAUGAAUUAUUGUAAGUA